UGGCAGGCCGAGUGUCGUGGGCGUGACAAGACCAGACGCCAGGAAAACAAAAUAUAGUCGGCAUGACCAGAGUCCACCGCGAGAAAAUGUGAGUCACUCGAGAAGCGGAGCGGAGCCAGAAAGGGGGAGAAGAAGCAGGUCUCAAGGGGAAGUCCGGGGCCACAGGUCCACCGCGGGAAGCAAGGAGGGCACAAGUCCCGUCGACUUCCCGGUCCUCUUCCCGCUGACAUGGAUCCCCUUCAGACUUCAACCUUGGCUCACCUUGACCCCCAUCAGACUCCUGCUCACCUUGGACCCCAACUUCCCGCUCAACUUGACUCCCAUCCUAGUCCUCUUCCUGUGCGCCAGGACGCCCGUCCGGCUCCUCUUCUUGCUCAGUUGGACCCUCCUCAGACUCCUACUCCUACUAAGCCGGACCCCCAUCCUACUUCUACCUCUGCUUGCCUUGAUCCUCAUCAGACUCGUAUCCCUGCCGCUCACUUGGACUUCCUUAAAGCUCAUGUUAUCACAGGCCCCUGCGAGACUCCGUCCGCUCACCCGAGUCUUCAUACGACUCCUCUCAAAACUCACCUGGACCGCCAGCUCUCUGCUCACCAAAACCGCCGUCAGGCACCUCCACCGGCUCACUUGGACCCCCAUCAGGCUACUCUCACUGCCGGGCCGGUCUGCCAUCAGACUACCGCCCCUGUUCGUCUGGACCCCAAUCAGAUCCUUACUCAUGCAGACCCGGACUCCCAUCAACCCCUUCCGCCCGCUCACCCCGACUCCCAUCAGGCUCCUCUUAUUGCUCACCUGGAUCCCCAUCCCACUCCUACCCCUGCUCAUUGUGAGCCCCUUCGGUGUCCUCCCCCUGUUCACCCGGAGCCCCAUCAAACUCCUCCACCUGCUCACCUUGAGCCACAUCAGGUUCCCCCACCAGCUAACCUGGACACCCAUCAGCCUCCUCUUACUGCUCAAUUGGCCCUCCAUCAGAUUACCCCCCCUGCUCACCCGAACCCCAAUCAGACUGUGACUCUUGCUCGCCUGGACCUCCAUCAAGCUGCUCCACCCGCUCACCUUGACCCCCAUCAGGCUCCUUCUACUGCUCAUCUGGAUCCCUGUCUCACUUCUACCCCUACUCAGCGGUACCCCAUCCAGUCUCCUGCCCCUUCUCACCUGGUCCCCCGUCAGACUCCUCCACCUGCUCACCUUGACACCCGUCAGGCCCCUCCACCUGCUCACCUGGACUCCUAUCGGACUCCUCUUCCUGUUCACUCGGACCCCCAAGAUGCCCCCAACUUUGCGGGUCGCUCGGGUGAACUGUACCCCAUCCAGUCUCCGGCCCCUUCUCACCUGGUGCCCCGUCACACUCCUCCACCCGCUCAGCCGCAUCCCUAUCAGACUCCUCUUCCUGUUCACUGGGACAGCCAGGACACUCCCAACUUUCCGGGUCGUUCCGGCGAGCCCAAACUUUGCGGCUACCUGCUGAAGCAGGGCGGCCCUCUGCGGGCCUGGAAGCGGCGCUGGUUCGUCUACGAGGAGAAGCAGAACCAGAUGUUCUACUACCGCACCCCGCAGGAUGUGACUCCGCUGGGACGGGUGGACCUCGGCUCCGCCACCUUCACCUAUCCUCUCAAGGCCGAGAUGGGCACCUUCCACAUCGAGACGCCCGAGCGUACCUACACCCUUAAAGCGGUGACUCAGGAUCUGAUGCUUUAUUGGCUGCAGCAGCUGCAGCUCAAUCGCUGGCAUCACCGACGGAGCCAUCAGACGAGCGCCUGCCCCGAUGCCAUGGGCAAUAUCACAGAGAACUUCCUGCCGCUGUUGAGGAGUCCCGUGGGGCUGGUGGGGCAGGAGGCCGCCAAUGAGGCACCUCGCGGGACGCCGCUCGCCGACGUGUCCAUCAAACAUCCUUUCAUCCAAAUCCAGAACGCGGUCCACAGUCUUCGCAAGAGGUCGUCUCAAGAGUGGGCGCAAAGCGUCUUCUCCGCGCAAGGUCCGGCCGGAGUCCGCCAAGCGGAGGCCACCGCCGACGACACCGCUUCCGCGGUGACGCCUCCCGCCGGAGCGCUGCUGGACGCUGCGCGGGGGAAGAAGAAUAGGAGCUCCUCCGGCAGUCCGGCGGCCAUGUCCUCCGAGGCCGCGUCCCGCCUCCAGCGGGACAAGGAGAUGCUGACGGAGGAGGUCAAAGCCCAGAAGGAGCUGGUGUGGCUACUCCACAAAACCCUGGAGGCGGCCCAGCGGGAAAAGCGAACGUGCGCCGACUUUGUGGCGGCCGAGAGCGAACGGGAGCGGCUGGAACUGCUACGGCACCGCGAGCGCCAGGCGGCCGACCUGCUCGGACGGGCGGAGCGAGCGGAGGCGGUGGCAGAGGAGGCCAAGCGCGAUCUGGACCGGAGCGACCGGCGGAUGGCGCAACUGCGGGACGAGGUCAGGAUGCUCACCGAGAAGAACCAAGCCAAGCGGGAGGUGAUCAUCAAGCUGUCGGAUCACGUGGCCGCCUGCGUGUCCGAGCCAGCGAGGUCCACCUCGUCCGCUCGUGCUCCAGACUCACUCAGACAACUGCAGCAGUGCGUGGAGGACCUGAAGGAUGACAUUGAGGCCUACAAGACGCAGAACCGGUUUCUGAACUCUGAGAUCUUCCAGCUCACCAAACUGUGGAGAAAGAGCUCGGAGCAGGAGCGAAGUCUGAUGGUCAAGUGCGCCUACCUGGAGGCGUGGCGCUGUCAGGCCGAGAGUCGCUACCUGGGAGUCCUCAGCAAACUGCAGGAGAAUGCAAGUCUGGAUCCGGAGCAGCGGCGGUGGAUUCAGCAGAUGGUAGAGGAGGCUGUGCAGGGGCAGGCGAAGAACGACACGGCCGCCGCAAACGGCCUUCACGACGAGUACGGCUUCCGGAUCGUUCCCGAAUACGAGGUGGAAGACGUGAAGCUCCUGGCUAAGAUCCAAGCGCUAGAGAUCCGCUCGCACAACCUGCUGCGACAGGGCGGUCAAGAGUGCGACCUCUCGAGUCGCUGGGCCCAGUACCUUGCCGGCAGGUCAGACGACGACUUUUGCCCGUCGCCGGAACUGAAAGCCCUGCUGCGGGCCGGCGUCCCUCCGGAGUACCGGCGGCGCGUCUGGCGCUGCUUGGUUCGGAUCAGGACCGGGGCCGCCAGAGAGCGCCAGCCGCAGCGAUACCGGCAGUUGUGCGACAAGAGCCGCGCGUGUGCCCAUCCCGCCUCCAGACAGAUCCGCUUGGACCUUCACCGCACCCUAAGCAGCAACCGCAAUUUCUCCUCACCGUGGAGCCUCGCCCACCAGCAGCUGGAGCGCAUCCUAUUGGCCUUCUCCUGGCACAAUCCCUCCGUCGGCUACUGCCAGGGUCUCAACAGGUUGGCGGCCAUCGCUCUCGUGGUCCUCCAGAGCGAAGAGGAGGCCUUUUGGUGCCUGGUGGCCGUAGUGGACGCCAUCAUGCCCGAGGACUACUACCGCGGGAACCUGCUGGCCGCGCAGGUCCGCAAGCGUCGCGCUCUGGAAAGCGGGCGCCGGCGGCCGCUUGAUCCAUCCAUCGGUGUCGCCCGACCACAGGUGGACCAGCACGUUCUGAAGGACUUCCUGCCGGAGAAGCUUCCUCGGCUGGCGGCGCACUUCCACCUUCACGGAAUCGACGUGUCUGUGGUCACCUUCGGUUGGUUCCUGGUGGUUUUUGUGGAGAGUCUUCCCAGCGACCUCUUGCUGCCCCUCUGGGACGCCUUUUUGUACGAGGGCACCAAGGUGAUGUUCCGCUACGCUUUGGCUCUCUUCAAAUACAAAGAAGACGACAUCCUGAAGAUCCACGACGGCGUGGACAUCUACCAAUAUCUUGGCUUCUUCACCAAGACGGUGACGGACGGCAGGAAGUUGACGGGAAUGGCCUUUGUCGACAUGAACCCCUUCCCCGGCCGCCUGCUCAAGAACCGGCGGCUGCUUCACCUGGAACGGCUGCGGGGAGAGCUGCGAGAGCUGGAGGAGCAGCAGGAGGCCUUUGCGGCGCUCGGCGCCGACGCCUCGUGGCGCCGAAGCCUCCGCCGACGCCCCGACGACCAAACGGACAACGCGGCCAGCGAGGACGACGAGGAAAUGGGCUGAAGUCCGUCGUUGCCGUUUGCCCGCUUGAUCCUGAGUUGACUGGGCGCCCGUUGAAGUGUGAAAAUGUGGCCUUUUCAAAGGAAAAGUGGCUUUUGCGCGGGAGGGGCAGGGCGGAAGCCCCCAACAGCAGUUUGACCAAACCAUUUUGCAGCCAUCACUUCAUCAGGGUCAUUUAUUUCAAAGAAUUGGAAGGGUAACAUUUGUUCUCCCGCCCCCCACGCCCCCCAACACCCCCCGAUGAAUUUCCGUCCGCGGCAAUUAUAUUACAGUGAUUAAAGUUGGAGCAAGACAAGCCAUAAGUGAUGCUUUUUAUUGGACUAUUUUUCUACAAAAAAACAAGCAAACGGUACAUAAGAAAGGAUCAAGAUCCAAAAGGCUCCAGGAAGAGAAAAGUUGCCGAGCGUCGGCUCCAGUCACGUUUCCUAAACGUCCCGUCGGAAGGCUUCGGUGGCCGCGUCGCACGUCGCUCUUCCAAACUUCCAAGAAAGGCCAUUCGCAGGCCGGGCCCUCGGACGCCUUCGUCGGGACGAGCGCUCCGCGUGGAUUUGGACGCCGCCUGCGCUCCGCUCCAACCGGAAGUGACGUUUCGCGGCCCAAAACGCAGCCGGCGACGCCGAGCGUGCCGUGAGGCCGACUUUCUCCUGCACUUGCUGCUCGCUUGUCAAGGUAUUCAACGAUGUUGACGUCCAAUCACGAGUGGACUCAUUUGUUUGGGGGGGGGGGGGGCGUCAUAUCGCAGUUGAGCGCCGAAAACACUUGGAGGUUGGAACUAAUUUUAUUUUCUCGUGCUCAUCAGGUUUGCAUGGAGAGCAGAGUUGGGAUCCACCAAUCGGAAUCGGACCCCCCCCCCCCAACCCCCCCCCCCCCCCGACGACGUCAUCUUCAGUGCCCUCAGCCAGGUCAAGGUUACAAAGCGUCUUGUGUCCCCCUCCCCCACCAAAGCGUCUUUGAAGUGAAGAUGAGUCCGUCUCACCGCCCCCCCCAAAAUAAAUAAAGAAAAGAUCAAAC